AUGGAGAACGCAGAAAGUUCAAUUUUAACGGAAAAUAAAAUGAAAUAGAUAGUUAAACAGUUCUAUGACACCGACUAACAUACAUCACACAGAUACACGUGUACUCACGACACGAACCUAUUCACAAGCGUCAACUCAUCAAACAAAACGAUAGAAAACUUUUACAAAGUAAUUUUUUAUUUGUUAAGUGCCGGUGUGAUCAAUAGUUUUCUAUCGUAGAAUUUGAAUUUUCAAUUUAGUUAAAUUGGCUCGUUGCUCGUAUGGCAUCUUGAAUGAUAAGUAAGUGCACACAAAAUAAAGUAAUUCAUUGCUGAAGUAACUUACUCAAUAUGAAAUUCGUAGCAGCUAUUUUCUGUGCUGUUGUACUUUUUACGGGCAUCAUUACCGUUGAUAGAAACAACUUUAAAACAUGCGAACAAAGCAGCUUCUGCAGACGUUGCCGCAAAGUUGAGCACAAUAAUUCACCGUUUGAACUAGUACCAGCUACAUUAAACACAUACUCAGACUCGAUCACAGCUGAUCUUGUUAACAAAAAUAAUGGCCAUUUAUUUGUACUGAAAGUGGAAGGCGUUCAGGGUGAUGUAUUUCGUGUCACAAUCGAUGAGAAAACACCAUUGAGAACACGAUACCGUGUUACUGACGCUUUGAAAGGGCCUGUGAAGCCAGACGUAAUCAAAGUGACAGAAUCAAAAACCGAACUCACCGUUACUUGCGGACAAAACAAAGCCGUCAUUCAUGCGAGUCCAUUUAAAAUUGAUUUCUACCGAAAUGAAGUACUUUUUGUGUCGGCCAAUGCUAAGGGGCUAUUCAAAUUCGAACACUACCGCACCAAACCAGAAAAAUCAGAAGCUCCGGCCGAAGGUGAAGAAAAUAAAGAAACAGAAGUACCGAAAGACGACGUUGACAAUGAACCGGGCGCUUGGGAAGAAGAUUUCAAAUCACAUCAUGACUCAAAACCAAACGGACCCGAAGCAGUCGCAUUGGAUUUCACAUUCCCACAAGCUGGAGUUCUCUUUGGUAUUCCGGAGCAUGCUGACUCAUUUGCAUUAAAAUCGACUUUGGGUAGUGAACCUUACCGUUUGUUUAAUUUGGAUGUGUUUGAAUUUGAAUUGGACAAUGGUAUGGCUUUGUACGGUUCAGUACCAGUUCUUUAUGGUCACGGAACGAAAGGAACAGCCGGUGUCUUCUGGAUGAACGCCGCCGAAACAUGGGUUGAUAUUUAUAAUCGUAAUUCGCAAAAAAAUGUUUUGUCGUCGAUUGUGAAUAUGGUGGCCGGUUCAGAUAACGAACCACUUGCAGCUCAUUUUAUGUCCGAAAGUGGAAUUGUUGACGCCUUCAUUUUAUUGGGUGAAAAUCCACAAAAUACAUUCAAACAGUACACAGAUUUGACUGGGGUCGCACCAUUACCACAACAGGCCGCAUUAGCUUUCCACCAAUGUCGAUGGAACUAUAAUGAUGAAAAAGAUGUGAUGUCAGUUAGUGAAAACUUUGAUGUUCAUGACAUUCCAAUGGAUACGAUAUGGCUAGAUAUUGAAUAUACUGAUGACAAAAAGUAUUUCACAUGGGAUUCACGAACAUUCCCACAUCCAUUGGAAAUGAUCGGAAACUUAACGGCACGAGGUCGUCAUUUGACAAUUAUCAUUGAUCCACAUAUCAAAGCAACAAACAGUUACUACGUGCACAAUGAUUGUGUUGACCGUAACUACUACACAAAAAAUAAGGAUGGAAAUGAUUACGAUGGUUGGUGUUGGCCAGGUGCAUCAAGUUACCCAGAUUUGUUCAAUCCCGUCGUUCGCAAAUAUCUUGCCGAUCAGUAUCUUUUGGAGAAUUUCAAAACAACCACGAAUGAUGUGUUCAUUUGGAACGACAUGAACGAACCAAGUGUUUUCAACGGGCCAGAGGUGACAAUGCCAAAAGAUAAUAUUCAUAAUACCGAAAUGGGCACAUAUGAACAUCGUGUUGUACACAAUUUGUACGCUCACAUGCAAACAAUGUCAACAUUUGACGGUUUACUUCGACGCGGUGAAAAUCGUUAUCGUCCAUUCAUUUUGACUCGUGGUCAUUUCUCUGGCACUCAGCGUUAUGCAGCCAUUUGGACAGGAGAUAAUAUGGCUGAAUGGACACAUCUGCAAGCAUCAGUUAAAAUGUGUUUAACACAAGCAGUAAGUGGAUUUUCAUUCUGUGGCUCGGAUGUUGGUGGAUUCUUUAAAAAUCCAAAUGCUGAAUUGCUGGAACGUUGGCAUCAAGCCGGUGCAUUCCAACCAUUCUUCCGUGCUCACGCACACAUUGACACCAAACGACGUGAACCUUGGCUAUUCCCAGAAAAUACAAAACUUGUGAUUCGUGAUGCAAUUCGUAAGCGUUACACAUAUUUGCCAUUUUGGUAUGUAAUGUUCUAUGAGCACGAACGCUUUGGUUACCCAGUGAUGAGACCACUUUUGAGUCAUUAUCCACACGAUCCAGAGACAUUUGCCAUUGACAAUCAAUAUUUGUUGGCCGAUCGACUGUUGGUUCAUCCGGUAGCACAAGAAGGUGCCACCAAUGUCGACGUUUACUUCCCACGCCACAGUGCAACUGGCGACGGUGAUUUGUGGUAUGACAUUGAUGAUUACACUAUGAUCGAUUCGGUUGGAUAUGUUACCGUUCCCGUCAAUAGCUACAAAAUUCCAGUGUUCCAACGUGGUGGAACUAUUAUGCCGAAGAGAGAACGUGUUCGUCGUGCUUCAACUUUGAUGAAGAACGAUCCAUACACAUUGAUCGUGUGCUUGGAUCGAUCCCAAGAAGCCAACGGAACGCUUUAUGCUGACGAUGAACAGAGCUAUGACUAUAGAGUUGGUAAAUACGUCUAUGCACAAAUCAAAUUCACGAAGAAUGUUUUGAGCAGUAAGAUCAUCGAUCCAAGUGCCACAUUCGAUACAUUGGCUUGGAUCGAACGUGUUGUUAUCGCUGGCUUGGAUAAAGCACCACAAUCAGCCACACUCAAAACAUCAUCAAAACGCAUCACACUUGAUGUUAUCAAGAAUGAGCGUUCGUACACCAUUCGUAAACCAGCCGUUAACAUCGCCGAAGAAUGGGAAAUUGUUUUGAAUUACUAAAUCUGGUUGGGAAACAUUGUAAUUUUAAGUAGUUUUGAAUUUAAAUAUAAUUUAAAAAAGACCAUUCUGAAUUGAAAAUGAUGUUGAGUUGAUCAAACACACAUAUAUUUCAAGUAUAGUCACACAGAACACUUAUCAUUUCUUUUACCAUGAAAAGCUGAUUCAAUAUACAUUGGUAGAGCAUAGACUAUGUCUUUGGCCAGGGACAAAUCUGAACAUUUUAAUUGUGAUUUUGUAAUAAUAAUUGUGUGCAUAACUUGAUUUCAAUAAAAAAAAAUAAAAAUAAAAAAUACAAAUCA